AGGAUAUGAUCAGUUGCCGCUCGAUGCGAGAGAUAGACCGUACACCACAAUGCACCCCCCGUAGGGCAGAUGCAGAUACAAGUGACCCCUAUGGGCUUUACAAAUGCGGUAGCAGAGGCGCAGAGAAGGAUGCUCGCCGUCGUAGGGGAUAUGUUUCCGGAAAAGUGUGAACCGUAUAUAGAUGAUAAUCCCGUAAAAGGCGCAAGGUACAAGGACGAGACGGAGGUUGAGCCGGGCGUACGAAAGUUUGUUUGGGACCACCUGAAAGAUAUUAAGGACCUACUCCAGCGCUUCCUUGUUUACAAUAUUACUGCAAGCGGUCCCAAGAGCAUCCUGGCCGUCCCGGAAGUAACCAUACUGCGAUUUCGCUGUGGAGCGUAUGGGAGGAGACCCGACCCAGCAAAGACGGAUAAGAUCUCCCAGUGGUCGACACCCCUGCGCACCACGGCGGAAGUACGAGCCUUCCUAGGGGUGGUUGGGUUCUGGAGGAUCUUCAUCAAAGGAUUCGCAAAGAUAGCAGAGCCUAUCCGCGCAAUGAUUAGGGAAGGCGGCACUAUGGACUGGACCGAGGAUAGGGAAGCGGCAGCCCAGACCCUGAAAGACAUCCUGUCAUCCGAUCAGGUCACUCUAGCAGCACCCUGUUUCAAUGACGAGGUAGGACGGCCUUUCAUCUUAGAAACAGACGGGGGACCGCUGACAGUUGGAGGAGUACUGAUACAGAGAAGCAAGGAGGGCAAGGAAAGGCCAAUCAGAUUUGAAAGUAGGACCCUGAAUUCGGUAGAACGGCGAUACUCACAGUUCAAGAAGGAGGUCUUAGCGAUUCUGCAUUGUCUUAAGACCUUCCAAGCAUACAUAUUCGGAAGGCGAUUUAUCCUAAGGAUCAAUCCUACCAACGUCGUCGGGGCCCUAAAGAACUACAAGCCUAUAGACCCGACCGUUGGCAGAUGGAUAGGCUUCAUAUGGCAAUUCGACUAUAAGGUCGAGCGGAUUGUGGGGCUUCGAAACAUGGCAGAUGGACUGAGCAGGGUAUGUAUCACACCAGAAGGAGUAGAGGACACGGAACCAAUCGACACCUUCCUGGAAUAUGAAGGAGGGACCCUUGUGGUGGAUAAUGAGAUGGCAGAUCCAACAAUUACAACGGGUCAGUUGCUGAUUCAGGCCUUGGAAAAAGGCGCGCCUCCAGUAGUUGCAGAACUCGGGGAAGGACCAGCCACCGCGGUCGGGCGUAAAGAGGAGAAGGACUCGUGGGGAGCAGAAAUAGGGGUCAGAGAAGAGCUGAUGACGAUGGUCGUGGAAGGGGGACGAGAUGCCGUGAUGACAUUGGCCAAGACCUGGGCACAGAAGGAGUGUCAGUACCUAGUCAAUCUCACUCGGGAGGAGCGGGGUACGGAUCAGAACGAACAGGAAUUCUUCCUCAUACAGAUGUACGAGGGCGUCUUCAAAGAAAUCGGCCUGCUGCUUGUAGGGAACAAAUAACCUACGGAAGUCAGUCCCAAGGCAAGGGAGGAAGUAGAAAAGUAUGUCCUACGAAAUGACCACCUGUUCAAGAGAGAGGAAGGGAUGAUGCCUAGACACGUCGUUUGUGGGAGGUCUAGGCAGCUGGACGUAA